AGAAUUCACUUUACAUUGCUGGUCAGUGGCAAGAAAACUCCUUACUUUGGUAAGGUGUCCCUUGCAUUGAUGGUGGGGGAAGAAUGUCCCAUGCUCCUUACAUGGUGGUAAGUGGGGAAGAAUGUCCCUUGCAUUGAUGGUCAGUGGGAAGAAUGUUUCCCACAUGCUCCUUACAUUGGUGGUCAGUGGGAAGAAUGUCCCUUGCAGUGAUGGUCAGUGGGAAGAAUGUUCCUUACAUUAGUGGUCAUUGAGAAGAAUGCCCCCCUUACAUUGGUGGUCAGUGGGAAGAAUGUCCCUUGCAUUGAUGGUCAGUGGGAAGAAUGUUCCUUACAUUGGUGGUCAGUGGGAAGAAUGUUCCUUAUAUUGGUGGUCAUUGGGAAGAAUGCUCCUUACAUUGGAGGUCAUUGUGAAGAAUGCUCGUUACUUUGGUGGUAUUUGGGAAAAAUGUUCCUUACAUUGGUGGUCAUUGGGAAGAAUGUCCCCUUACAUUAGUGGUCAGUAGGAAGAGUGCUCCUUACACUGUUGGUCAGUGGGAAGAAUCCCCUCUUACAGAUCACUAAUAUGAUAAUUUGUGUCUUUGGUGUCUUAUCUGAGGAGCAGAAGUUGCUC